AUGGACAACAUUGACUUAUGUUAUUUAUAUUUGAAAUAUGACAUUGUAGGAAUAAGUGCACCAGAUAACAGAGGAACAGAAUUUGUCAUAGCCUACAUGGAUAAUUAUUUAUCCGAUUACGAAUUGGAAUUAUUCGUAACGACAUCACGUACAACAACGGUAAACGUCGAAGUCACGUCACCUAAAUGGACCAACCCAUCUGUCAACGAAAAAUUCACAGUAACUGCCGGCGUUGUCAAACAACUUUAUAUUGACCUUAAAUUGCGUUUGGAAGGAACAGUUAACGAGGCAAAAGGUAUUCUUGUGUCUGCAGACGAUGAGGUGGUUAUUUAUGGUGUUAACAAACAAAAGUAUUCCAACGAUGCUUUCCUUGGUCUCCCCGUGGAUGUCCUAUCAGAUGAGUAUUUUGCUGUUACAUAUUAUCCACCUUACCGUAUGGCACAACUAUGUGUUGUAGGUGUAAGCGACUCGACCAAUGUUCAAAUAAAGCUGCCAUCCUGCUCAAAUUGUGGAAGCGUAACCUAUAAUGGAAAGAAAUACUCGAAAGGUAAUACAAUCUCUAUCAAUAUGAACAGAUUUGAUGCAAUUCAGCUUCAAAGCACAGGUGAUCUUACUGGAGCUUAUAUAACUAGCGACAAGCCUGUUUCAGCAUUCAGUGGAAACAGAAAGACAAACACGGGAUCAGGAGGCAGUCAGGAUCACUUGGUAGAGCAGCUGACUCCAGUUAAUACGUGGGGAAAGAGGUUUGCAACUGUUCCUACACCAGCAAGAACAACUGGAGAUUACUUUAAAUUUAUUGCUAGUGAAGAUUCCACUAAAGUUACCUAUAAAUGUAACAAAAAUGGGAAAAUAACGACAAAUUCAUUCACCUUAUCUAAAUUAGGUGACCAAAAACAAAUUUCUAUCGACUCCAAAAGCUACUGCUAUAUGAAAGCAGAUAAACCAAUACUUCUAGUAAUGAUUGUUAAAAGUCAAUUGUCAUCAGCGGAACCAGCUGAUCCCGCUAUGCUUAUAAUUCCACCUAUAGAACAAUAUGCUGCCGAUUACACAUUCACAACACCUAAAUAUAGUGGAGGAAGUUACGAAAACUUUUUCCUAUUUGUGGUGAACGAGGCAGAUAAAAGUGGACUAAAAAUCGAUGGAGGUUCUUUCCCAUCUAACACUGCCUACUACGAUAUUCCAGAUACCGAUCUUGUUGGAGGGUACAUUUCAGUAUCGGAUGGAUCACAUACUGUUCGUCAUACCUCACCUAUUUCUAUUUUUGGGGGAUUUCUUUAUGGAAAGGCAAACCUAGAAACAUAUGGAUUCACUACAGGAAUGAGAAUGGCAAAAAUCAAUUCGAUAUGUGUGCCGACUUCUACAGUCGUCGGUGAUGGUAUUGACAACGAUUGUGAUGGACUUAUUGAUGAAGAACUGUGUACAUCAGAAAAUAAAAAUAAAGAUGACGAUGGCGAUGGUGUAUCAGAAGAAGAUUGUGCAAAACCGCCACCAAUUAACGGUGCUUGGGCAGAUUGGGCAUUGUGGGGAAGUUGUUCAGUAUCAUGUAAUCCUUCCGGCCUUAGCGCGACUGGAACAUAUACUAGAACAAGAACCUGUUCUAAUCCAGAGCCAAAGUAUGAUGGAACACAGUGCGUUGGUGACACAAGUCAAUCAAGCUCCUGUUCACCGACCAUCUAUUGUCCAAUUGAUGGAAACUGGGGAUCAUGGGGUUCUUAUGGAUCAUGUUCAGUAACUUGUGGAACAGGAGAUCAAACAAAGACAAGAUCGUGUAAUAAUCCUACUCCUGCACACAAUGGGCAACAAUGUAGUGGUUCAGGGACUAGCUCAAAACAGUGUACCAUGGUAGCAUGUCCAGUUGAUGGUCAGUGGGGAAGCUGGGCUUCAUGGGGAGGUUGUUCUGUGACUUGUGCAAGCGGAACUAAAACGAGACAACGCCAGUGUGAUAGUCCUGCACCACAGCAUAAUGGCCAAAGCUGUAGUGGUUCGGGUACAGAAACAAAGACAUGUACAAAAGUUUCUUGUCCAGUUGAUGGUCAGUGGGGAAGCUGGGUUUCAUGGGGAACUUGUUCUGUAACCUGUGCAAGCGGAAUCCAAAACAGACAACGCCAGUGUGAUAGUCCUGCACAACAACAUAAUGGAUUAGACUGUGUUGGUUCGGGUACAGAUACAAAGACAUGUACAAAAGUAGCAUGUCCAGUCAAUGGUAAUUGGGGAAAUUGGGCUUCAUGGGGAACAUGUUCAGUAACCUGUGCAAGUGGAACCCAAACAAGACAGCGUCAAUGUGACCAGCCAGCACCACAACAUAAUGGACAGGACUGCGGUGGAUCGAAUACAGAUACACAGAUUUGUACACAAAUAGCUUGCCCAAUUGAUGGUAAUUGGGGAAGUUGGGCUUCCUGGGGUAGCUGUUCAGUAACGUGUGCAAGUGGAACACAAACAAGACAACGUCAGUGUGACAGUCCAGCAGCACAACACAAUGGACAGGACUGCAGCGGUUCGGGUACAGACACACAGACAUGCACUAAAGUCGCAUGUCCAAUUGAUGGUAUAUGGGGAAAUUGGGCUUCCUGGGGGAGUUGUUCAGUAACCUGCGCAAGCGGAACCCAAAACAGACAACGCCUGUGUGAUAGUCCAGCACCACAACAUUCUGGACAGGACUGCAGUGGUUCUGGUACAGAUACACAGACAUGUACUAAAGUCCCUUGUCCAGUUGAUGGCUUGUGGGCUGUUUGGAGUGCAUGGGGAACAUGCUCUGUAACAUGUGCAAGUGGUACACAUGACCGAUCACGAACUUGUACUGAUCCUGCACCAGCCCAUAAUGGAGCCGAUUGUGUUGGGUCAGCCGCAGCAACACAAACCUGUACUUUAACGCCAUGUCCAAUUGAUGGUGAAUGGACAACUUGGACAUCUUGGGGGACUUGCACUGUUACUUGUGGUGGUGGAGCACAAGAUCGCACUCGAUCCUGUACCAAUCCUGCGCCACAACACAAUGGAGCAGCAUGCGCUGGUAAUGGUCAGGAAACACAGUCAUGUAAUACUCAAGUUUGCAUAAUUGAUGGCGCAUGGGGACAAUGGCAGUCAUGGGGUGUGUGUUCAGUCACUUGUGGGGGUGGUCGUCAAUCAAGAAUGAGAGUAUGUGAUGAUCCAAGACCAGCUAAUGGCGGACUUCAUUGUGGUGGUUCAUCAAGCGAAUAUGGAUACUGCAACACAAAUGCUUGUCCAACAGCAGCAUAUGGAGCAUAUGUACAAACAUGUCCAACAGGUUGGUUUUCAUGCCAGCAUGGGUCCGUUUCUUGUAUAGAUGAAACAUUUAAGUGUGACUGUGAGGAGGAUUGCGAGGAUGGCAGCGAUGAGACGACGUCAUAUGCAAGCUGUAAUCCACAAAUUUUGGCGACCUGUCCUAGUGGUGCAGAUAAAUAUGCUUCUAUGUGUAAUGUAGGACAAAAUGCACCAGACAAUAGAGGAACAGAGUUUGUCAUUGCCUUCAUGGAUAAUUAUAAAGUAGAUUACGAUCUGGAAUUAUUCGUAACGACAUCACGUACAUCAACAGUAAACGUCGAAGUCACGUCACCUAAAUGGACCAACCCAUCUGUCAACGAACAAUUCACUGUAACAGCAGGCAUCGUCAAGCAACUUUUUAUUGAUGUUAACUUGCGUUUGGAAGGAACAGUGAAAGAGUCAAAAGGUAUUCUUGUGUCUGCAGACGAUGAAGUGGUUAUUUAUGGUGUCAACAAACAGACAAAAUCCAACGAUGCUUUCCUUGGUCUCCCUGUAGAUGUCCUAUCAGAUGAGUAUUUUGCUGUAACCUAUUAUCCACCUUACCGUAAGGCACAGCUAUGUGUUGUAGGCGUAAGCGACUCGAGCAAUGUUCAAAUAAAGCUGCCAUCCUGUUCAAAUUGUGGAAGCGUGACCUAUAAUGGACAGCAAUAUUCGAAAGGUCAGACAAUUUCUGUCAUUUUGAACAGAUUUGAUGCAAUUCAUCUGCAAAGCACAGGUGAUCUAACUGGAGCUCGUAUAACUAGUGACAAACCUGUUUCAGCAUUCAGUGGAAACAUGAAAACAAACACCGGAUCAGGAAGCAGUCAGGAUCACUUGGUAGAGCAGCUAACUCCAGUUAAUACGUGGGGAAAGAGGUUUGCAACUGUUCCUACACCAGCAAGAACAACUGGAGAUUACUUUAAAUUCAUUGCUAGUGAAGGUUCUACUCAAGUUACCUAUAAAUGCAAUAAAAACGGGAAGAUAUCGACAAAUUCAUUCACCUUAUCCAAUUUAGGUGACCAACGACAAAUUUCGAUCAAUUCCAACAAUUACUGCUAUAUUACAGCAGAUAAACCAAUAUCCUUAGUGAUGAUUGUUAAAAGUCAGUUGUCAAGCUCAGAACCAGCUGAUCCCGCUAUGCUUAUAAUUCCACCUAUAGAACAAUAUGCUGCCGAUUACACAUUCACAACACCUAAAUAUAGUGGAGGAAGUUACGAAAACUUUUUCCUUUUUGUGGUGAACAAGGCAGAUAAAAAUGGACUAAAUCUAAACGGAGGUUCUUUCCCAGCCAACACUGCGUACUACGAUAUUCCAGAUACCGAUCUUGUAGGAGGAUACAUUUCAGUAUCGGAAGGAUCUCAUACUGUUCGCCAUACCUCGCCAAUUUCUAUAUUUGGGGGAUUUCUCUAUGGAAAGGCUAACAAGGAAACGUAUGGGUUUACUACAGGAAUGAGGAUGGCAAAAAUCAAUUCGAUAUGUGUUCCGACUUCCACAGUCGUCGGCGAUGGUAUUGACAAUGAUUGUGAUGGACUUAUUGAUGAAGAACUGUGCACAACAGCAAAUCAAAAUAAUGAUGACGAUGGCGACGGCGUAUCAGAUGAAGACUGUGCAAAACCGCCACCAAUUAACGGUGCAUGGACAGAUUGGGCAUCAUGGGGUAGUUGUUCCGUAUCAUGCAAUCCUAGCGCGUCUGGAACAUAUACCAGAAUCAGAACUUGUUCGAAUCCAGCACCACAGUAUGAUGGAACACAGUGCGUUGGUGACACAAGUCAAUCAAGCUCCUGUUCACCGACUAUCUAUUGUCCAAUUGAUGGUAACUGGGGAUCUUGGGGUUCUUAUGGUUCAUGUUCAGUAACUUGUGGAACAGGCGAUCAAACAAAGACAAGAUCUUGUAAUAAUCCUACUCCUGCACACAAUGGAAACCAAUGUAGUGGUUCAGGGACUAGCUCAAAAAGUUGUACCACCACGUCAUGUGCAGUAAAUGGUAAUUGGUCAGAUUGGACGACAUGGACUUCAUGUUCUUUAAGUUGUGGUAGUGGUAGCCAAAGUAGGAUUAGAGCAUGUUCUAACCCAGCACCAGCUAACAAUGGAUUAGACUGUAGUGGAUCAAGCUCAGAAACUAAAACAUGUACACUUAUUGCCUGUCCUAUUGAUGGUAUGUGGGCUGUAUGGGGUACAUGGGGAACUUGCUCUGUAUCAUGUGCAAGUGGUACACAGGAUAGAUCCAGAAAUUGUGCUGAUCCUGCACCAGCCCAUAGUGGAGCCGAUUGUGUUGGGUCAGGUACAACAACACAAACAUGUACUCUAACGCCAUGUCCAAUUGAUGGCGAAUGGUCAAAUUGGUUAUCUUGGGGGACUUGCACCGUAACAUGUGAUGGCGGAACACAAGAUCGUACUAGGUCGUGUACAAAUCCAGCUGUACAAUAUAAUGGAUCACCUUGCGCUGGUAAUGGUCAGGAAACACAAUCGUGUAAUACUCAUAGUUGCAUAGUUGAUGGGGCAUGGGGACAAUGGCAGUCGUGGGGUGUAUGUUCAGUUACUUGUGGUGGUGGUCGACAAUCGAGAAUGAGAGUAUGUGAUGAUCCAAGGCCAGAUAAUGGUGGACUUCCUUGUAGUGGUUCAUCAAGCGAAUAUGGCUACUGCAACAUACAAGCUUGUCCAACGUCAGGAUAUGGUGCAUACGUACAGACAUGUCCAACGGGUUGGUUUUCAUGCCAGCAUGGGUCCAUUUCUUGUAUUGAUGAGGCAUUUAAGUGUGACUGCGUCGAAGACUGCGAGGAUGGCAGUGACGAGACAACGUCAUAUGCCAGCUGUGAUCCAUAUGUUUUGGUGACCUGUCCUAGUGGUGCUGAUAAAAUAUCGACCAUAUCAGUGGUCACUGUUGUAUGUAUGAUUGGAACAAUGAGGAUGCUGAUGAUGGUGUUGUGA